GUUUGAACUUGCUCGUCACUUCAUUUUCUAACCACAUCCUCAUUACAACGACCUGAUACAUGUCCAAGAGAAAGCAGUGUAGCUCUCCAGCAAUUUUGAACGCAGAACUUGAAGCUGUCCGUGGGAAGGUCUCCCUUGAAGAGACAGAGGAGUCAUGGGAUAAGAUCGAGCAGGGCAUUGUGCAGCUCACCCAGUGCUGCAAUAACGGUGGAUGCGACUUCGCCACAGAAAUGGUUGCUGGUAUACGUUCACUUUCCAGACCCAUCAACCACGCUAUGAAUUCGGAACGCAGUAGACUGUCAGGUUCUGCUAUUGAACUUGUGAAUGCUCUGUUAGCCGGUUUGGGUUCCUCGUUUGAACCCCUCGUCUCGCUGUUUAUGCCAACUCUUCUCGGGCUUUGUGGCAGGACCAACAAGGUAUUCACAAGCCGAGCAAAGGCGUGCAUUCUCGCUGCGAUUGAAAAUACCCAAUCGCCUUCCAUUCUGCCGUAUCUCGCAGACUCUUUAACCCAAAAGUCAGCUUUUCUGCGUUUAGCGGCUGCAGAGGGUGUCCUCGCUUGCUUGAACUGCUUCAAUCCUCCUGAUAUUGAGAAAGAUAUCCGCGCCCGACUUAUCGAAGACGUUAUCAAGUUAACUGCCCGGGAUGCCAGCGCAGAUGUUAGGAGAGCGGGGAAAUUGAUUUUUGAGGCAUAUAAAGCCCUUUUACCCGAUCGCGUAGAAAGUUUCAUUGCACCCUUAACCCCUGUCAUAAAGAAGUACUUAGAUGUGCAAGGGACAGUUACUUCGCGGUCGGCUUCACAAGCACUUUCUCGUGGUCCUGCAGCGACAGGAAGAGUGACCUCAAGGCCAAUCGGGUCCCUCCAGACUCAGAAGAUGAGUUCUCAUUCUAGAGCUCCAUCCACGCAGUGCGCUGCCGCCACUCGUAUUUCUGGGAAACAUGCAGAGAGACCAACACAUCCUCCUAGCUCUGAGCCGCCGCGGGAGGUGCCUGCAGCAAGGCUGCGGGUUGUGUCAAGUCAAACAACCUCUAGUGCAAUUGCGGGGCCCUCAGUGAGGGAAACAUCUCGCAAAGGUGCACUCCGUCCCCCGUCGGUGGAACCAGUUCCAUCUACUAUGCAGAGUGCAAAUCGACGGAAGGAUAUUCCGUGUCCUCCAGCUCCCAUUAUACAGGGCCCUCAGCGGGUAGGCACUGUACUCGUGAAGUCGCACGACGAGAAGCCUCGUGUUGGAGGAGGAGCUCGAAGAGUUCUCAUUCCCGCAACUCCUUUACCAGAAACUGAUGAUACCACGACAACGCGCGCGGUCUCAAGGACUGGUCCUUCAACCAAGCCGAUUUCGGUUAACUCACUCGCACAAUCUCUCGCUUCGAAACGAGAUUCACAGAACGACCCCGUAACCACAAAGGUUCAUUCAACUGCCACAGCUCGCGCUGCGUCGUCAGCGGCCACUACCACCACCAGACCGUCAUCUCGAACGGGACCACGACCAAUGACAAAAUUAGAGCAUCCGACGACCAAGGGUGCAAUUUCUCGGCCUGGCCAGUCACGGUCACCGACCAUGGGUGUUGAGCAACAGCAGACUUCCCGCAAACCGGUUGCUGAACCAGGUCGUUCUAGCCAGCAAGCUGUAGGUCAGAAAAAGCCGGUGUGGGGAGGACGGUCAUCGGGCAAAGCAUCCAAGCCCAUCGUCAAGGGACUUUCGAUACGUCCCAAGCCGGGCGGGUUGAAGAGUUCUGGUACUAGCAAGCCCGCACCGGAACACGUGCCAUUGCCUCCCAGUCCCACUGUAUGUCCUGCUGCAGUGCCUCUGCCAUCUUCCCCAGUCUGUAGUCCCCGUCAAUCACCCCAGCUCGAGCUACCAGCGUCAGAAGAGUUAUCUGCGCAAGUCACUGACGAUGAUACAGGAGAUGUUCGUCCUCCCUCCACCUCCAUUGAAGCUACACCUUCACGCAACGUGAACUUUCAAGAGUCCCCGUCCAAAACACCCAUAACAGCUCUCCUUUCAUCCAUUCAACGCGGAUUCCUAUUUACACCUUCAUCACCGCUCUCACCUCCCCAAGCUUAUGUAACUGAGAUCAUUGCUCACACAUACCGCCCAAACAGCCCAACAGCUCACAAAAACAUAGCCUGCGUUGAUGUCAUCCAGGACGGUACGGCACGACAGGCAUUAGAACUGAUGGAUGUCAACUAGACCAUAUAUAGUCUCAUAGUACUCGACUUUAGAUUAAUGAUAUCCGUAUACUAGAUCACGGUGUGGAACUUUGGAAGCAUCAACCGUAAUACGGAAGGUUCGGCUGCCUUCCUCGUAUUGGGUCUGCCUAUGAGACCACUGCCUAUCCUAGUUCGCUAAUCUAAA